AUGAACUACUACAACGUUGAUCAGGACGAUGCAAUUACCCAGCCCGGGGGCAAAGUUGCGCGCUACGCACGGGGACGGGACUAUCACCGGGUGAUGAAGCGCCGGAUGCGUCGCCUGGUGCUGCAACUGACGGUAGAGCUGGGCGACGAGUUUGCGGCCCGCUGGUACGUUGAUGACGGCCCGAUGCUGGAUCGGGCGGCGGCGGCCCGCGCCGGCCUGGGGUGGUUCGGCAAGAACGGCAAUAUCCUGACACCGACGCUGGGGUCGUGGGUGCUGUUGGGUCAGAUUAUCACCGACCUGCCGCUGGUUCCGGACCAGCCCCUGGUGAAGACUUGUGGGCAAUGCUCGCGGUGCAUACCAUCCUGCCCCACCGACGCUAUUGUUGCGCCUUAUGUGGUCGACAACCGGCGUUGCAUCAGUUUUCUGACCAUCGAACACGAUGGAGUGAUUCCGAUUGAACUCAGGUCGGCAAUGGGCAACCUGGUAUUUGGCUGCGAUAUUUGCCAGGAAAUUUGUCCGGUCAAUCGAAAGGCGCUGGCCACCGAGGACGCCAAUUUUGGUCGUCGGGACCUGUCCAGUCUGGAUUUAAUUGAGCUGCUGGAGAUGACGGAGCAGGAGUUUCGUCAGCGAUUCGCCGGUACACCCAUCAUGCGCGCCGGCUGGUUGGGAAUGCGCCGGAACGCCUGCAUUGCGUUGGGCAACAGCGGUGACCGGGCUGCGGCACCGGCGCUGAGGAGCGCGUUGCACGACCCAGCGGCGAUGGUACGCCAACACGCAGCCUGGGCGUUGGGCAUGGUCGGAGGCGAAGCCGCCCGGGAAGCUCUGAACGCAGCAAUGGCGACCGAGGCCGACCUCCGCGCGCGGGACGAGAUUCAGCUCGCGCUAGGCAAAGAGGGCAGCGAACGCAUCUAG